CCGCCAUUUAUGCACUUGUUUGUUUCUCCUUCUUCUUCGCUAACCAUUUAACAAAACCCUCCUUUCUGUUUGUAACUUUGUUUUCUCCAUCUUCAAAACCCCUCUGCUUCUUUUGUUAGUGGACUGUGAUGAAAACUAUGGAGUUCGAUCAAUCUCUUAAGCAGAAGAAGGCAAAAACCAGAGAAGUCAGUUCAAGAUUCCGGUCGCCCAGCACUAUCUCAACUUCCAGAAGUCAUAAUCAGAUAAAUCCGAUGCCAUCUUCCAAUCACAUUCUCUCUACUCCGCCGAAGAAGGUGCCCAGAUCAUCAAAAGGCUCCGAGAAGUCCGGAUUCAUGGCGAAGUUGUGGCCGUCUUCCGUCACUUCAAGCUUCAGGCUUGAAGACCUCAGCAAUUCACCGGCUUCCCUCAGCCGGCAGAUGAGUUGUCGGGAUUUUAGUAGGUUUUCCGGCGAGAGAGACGAACAAGGUAUUGCGAAGGAAAAUCAGAGGCCCCUGUUUGGUGGGUCCAUGAGGUACGCCGGGAAAUUCGCCACUCCGACCAGAUCAUCCACUUCUCCGUCGUCUUCCUCCUCUUGCUCCUCCAAUUUCUCCAACUUACUCGAAGAUUACUCUGAAUACAGAAAAAGAUCAGAUUUUUUAUCCGAUUUGGAGUCGGAAGACAGUGAAAUUCUCUCCAACAGCAGUUUCUCCUCCCCUAUUAUCAUGAAGAACAGAACACCAUCCUAUAUGGCCCCCACUCUCAGUUCGUCAAAGUCCUUGCAAGAUCCGCCGUCGAGAUCCCGGAGAUGGAGUUCAGAUUCUGGCCUCAAGAAAAACAGAGAAGAAAACCCUUCCAGAAAGGCGGCUUCUUUGAAAAGGUCUAAUUCAGUAAAACCGGCGCCUUCAUCUCUCCGGAGAUCAAACCCCGCGGCGAUUACGCCUGAGAACAGAGAGGAAGUGGUCGGAAUUCAUGGCAUGAACCCGCCGACCAACCCUUCGAGAGUGAAAGGGGUUGGUAGUUUCUUUAGUAUGGGGCUUGAAUUGCUUAAGGUUAAGAAGUCUUCUUCUAAAACAACAUCCAUGUCUUCCUCAGUGGAGGCCGAGAAUGUUCAUAGCCUGAGAAUGAUGCAUAAUCGGUUGUUGCAGUGGAGAUAUGUUAAUGCGAAAUCUGAUGCUGUUAAUGAGAAGAUCAGCAGAGAUGCGCAGAAGAAACUGAUAUAUGCUGAGGAAAGUAUAUCUAAACUGCGCCAUUCUGUUGUCCAAAAGAAGAUGCAAUUGCAGAAACAGAAAUUGGAGAUGAAACUUGCUUCUUUACUUCAUUCUCAAAUCAAACAGCUUGAGGAUUGGGGUGAUAUGGAAACAAAAUACUUAUCAUCAAUCUCAAUGACCAAAGAUUCUUUACACUCGGUUGUUUGUAAAGUACCCCUCAUUCAAGGCGCAAAGGUGGACCCAGAAUCAACCUCCAUUGCUCUUCAAGAUGCAUCAGAUCUUGCUGCAUCCAUUGAGUUGAUGUUGUCUGCUUUGUCUCCAGUGGCCACUGGGACAGCUGAAGUAAUGAAAGAGACAGCAGAAGUUGUAAUACAAGAGCAGUUGUUGCUGGAAGAGUGUUUGGAGCUUUUCAAGACCAUUUCUAGACUAGAGAUUGAAGAGAGGAGUUUGAAGUGCAACUUAAUACAAUUAAGAUUGCAACAGGAAGAGCUGCUUCUAUCAGCACAUUGAUUAGUAGGAACCAGGAAGUAGUUGAUUUAGACAUGAGUAGUUAGAAGACAGAGGCAUUGGGACGUUUUUACACUUGGUGUUUGGGGAGAUAGUUUGCUAAUCGAGGCUUUAACCAAACUACAAAUAAUUCUGUUAAUAAUUACAAAAGAAUUGUCUCUUUAACAUUUUGAUUCUUUCUUUGUAAAUAAACCUAAUUAUCUCAUCGCGAGCAAUGCUCAUUUAUCUUUACCAAUUGCAAUUAAA